AUGGCGCCCAGCAUCCCCCGUCUGGUGGUACUAUUGGCGGCCGCAUCCUUGAGUGGUGCCGCGCCAAGGAUCUUCUUCGUCCCUGGAAAUUUCAUUUACGAUACUGGGCAGGCCACUGUUCCUGAGACCAAAGGCAAGGCAGACACAGCCGGGUCGGUCUCGCAAGGACCAUCUGUAGGAGCAAAACAAUAUGUCCUGCAAACUACAUCCGGGUCAGAGUCUGAUGACUCUAGCGAAGAUGACCGUAAUGUCUCUUCUCGGAGAGCCAUCGUGUCAGCUGACCCAGCACCUGCCUCACGCGUUUUAUCUGUACCUUCCAAGGGACCUCCUUCGCUGACUUACCUAGCGCCGGCCUCUGGGGCGCCUACAGUGGCUAAACCAGCACCAGCUUCUGUGUUUCCCUUACCAGCACCCACCCCUGGGGCCUCCUUAGCAGCACUAUCCCCUGGAUCACCUUUAGCGACUAAAGUAGCACCAACUCCUGUGGCUCCCUUAGCGGCUAAACCAGCAUCUGACCCUAUGGCUCCCUUACCAGCACCAGCCCCUGUGGCUCCAUUACCAACGCCAACCUCUGGGGCCCCCUUAGUGGCUAAACCAGCACCUGCCCCUGUGGCUCCAUUACCAACGCCAGCCCCUGGGGCUCCCUUAGCGGCAAAACCAGCACCUGCCCCUGUGGCUCCAUUACCGACGCCAGCCAAUGGGGCUCCUUUAACAACACCUGUGGCUCCAUUACCAACGCCAACCCCUGGGGCCCUCUUAGCGGCUAAACCAGCACCUGCCCCUGUGGCUCCAUUACCAACGCCAGCCCCUGGGGCUCCCUUAGCGGCAAAACCAGCACCUGCCCCCGUGGCUCCAUUGCCAACGCCAGCCCCUGGGGCUCCCUUAGUGGCUAAACCAGCACCUGCCCCCGUGGCUCCAUUAUCAACGCCAGCCCCUGGGGCUCCCUUCGUGGUUAAACCAGCACCUGCCCCUGUGGCUCCAUUACCAUCGCCAGUUCCACGGGCUCCCUUAGCGGUUAAACCAGCACCUGCCCCUGUGGCUCCCUUACUAACGCCAACCUCUAAGGCUCCCUUGGCGGCUAAACCAGCACCUGCCUCUGUGGCUCCAUUACCAUCGCCAGUUCCACGGGCUGCUUUAGCGGUUAAACCAGCACCUGCCCCUGGGUCCCCCUUACCAACAUCUGCCUCUGGGGCCCCAUUAGCCGCUAAACCGGGAUCAAAAUUUGGAGUGCCCCUUCCAGCAGUCAUCCCUGGGGCUGCAGCCUCCUUGGCUCUAUUAAAGAAUGACCCAAAAGAAGAUUUUGACUCAUCUCAGGAAAAAGAAAGAACAGUUUUCCCUAGGAAACCCUUGAAGGGUGACCUAAGUGUUCCUGGUAGUGGAAUUCCCUUAAAGAACCAUUUAUUAUCUUCAUCUGAGGUCCAGGUGAACACUGUCCCAGAACCCACCAGAGCUGAGACAACACCAGCGGAGGUCACCUUGUUAGUUAACUCGGAGUCCAGAGUUAAGGUCCCUCUACCUGCUGAUUCCCGACCAUUGGUCACUUCUCUGGAAUUUGACUUAAGAAAGACUCCUGAUGACUCCUCAGAAGAUGAUUCACCACCCUCCAGAAAAAUUCCCCUAGUGGUUGACAAUGGAGCCUCCACUAGGUUCCCCUUACUAGCACAUGCCCCUCAGGCUCCCCUAGCAGCACCUGUCCCUGGUGUUCCCUUACCAGAACAUGUCCCUGAGGCUCCCCUAGCAAAACCUGUUCCUGGUGUUCCCUUACCAGCACAUGUCCCUGAGGCUCCCUUAACAGCACCUAUCCCCGGUGUUCCCUUACCAGCACCUGUUCCAGAGGCUCCCUUAGCAGCACCUGCCCCUGGUGUUCCCAUACCAGCACCUGCACCUGAGGCUCCCUUAGCAGCACCUGCCCCUGGUGUUCCCAUACCAGCACCUGCGCCUGAGGGUCCCUUAGCAGCACCUGUCCCCGGUGUUCCCUUACCAGCACCUGUCCAUGAGGCUCCCUUAGCAGCACCUACUCCUGGUGUUCCCAUACCAGCACCUGCACCCGAGGCUCCCUUAGCAGCACCUGCCCCUGGUGUUCCCAUACCAGCAGCACCUGCGCCUGAUGCUCCCCUUACCAACACCUGCCCCCUGGUGUUCCCAUACCAGCACCUGCACCUGAGGCUCCCCUUAGCAGCACCUGCGCCUGGUGUUCCCAUACCUCGUGCCAGCCUGCACCUGAGGCUCUUAGCAGCACCAGCGCCUGAUGCUCCCUUACUCACACCUGCCUCUGGUGCUUCCCUUUUUACCAGCACUGCACCUGAGGCUCCCCUGGCACAUCCUGCCCCUGGUGUUCCCAUACCAGCACCUGUCCCUGAGGCUCCCUUAGCAGCACCUGCGCCUGAUGCUCCCUUACCAACACCUGUCCCUGGUGUUUCCUUACCAGAACCUGCACCUGAGGCUCCCUUAGCAGCACCUGCCCCCGAAGCUCCCUUAGCAGCACUUGUCCCUCAGGCUGCCUUAGCAGCACCUGCCCCUGAUGUUUCCUUAGCAGCACCUACACCUGAGGCUCCCUUAGCAGUACCUGCCCCUGGUGUUCCCAUACCAGCACCUGAUCCUGAGGCUCCCUUAGCAGCACCUGCCCCUGGUGUUCUCAUACCAGCAUCUGCACCUGAGGCUCCCUUAGCAGCACCUGUCCCUGGUGUUCCCAUACCAGCACCUAUCCCUGAGGCUCCCUUAGCAGCACCUGCACCUGAGGCUCCCUUAGCAGCACCUGUCCCUGGUGUUCCCAUACCAGCACCUAUCCCUGAGGCUCCCUUAGCAGCACCUGCACCUGAGGCUCCCUUAGCAGCACCUGCCCCCAGUGUUACCUUAGCAGCACCUGCCCCUGAAACUCCCUUAACAGCACCUGUCCCUGAGGCUCCCUUAACAGCACCGGCGCCUGAGGCUCCCUUAGCAGCAUCUGCCUCUGAGGCUCCCUUAGCAGCACCUAUCCCUGAGGCUACCUUAGCAGCACCUGUCCCUGAGGCUCCCUUAGCACCACCUGUCCCUGAGGUUCCUUUAACAGCAUCUGUCCCCGGUGUUCCCUUAGCAGCAUCUGCCCCUGAGGCUCCCUUAGCAGCACCUCACCCUGAGGCUCCCUUAGCAGGUGAUCGCGUAGCAGCUCUUGUGACUAUUUUACGGGACGACCUAGACCAAGAUACGUCCCAAGAACUUGAUACUGUGACCUCUUUUGGUGCCCCCUUACCCGCUGGCCCAGCUCCCGCACCUGCGGCUCUCUUGUUAGCUAAACCAGCUCCCUCUCCUGCGGCUUCCUUGUCAGCUAACCCAGCUCCAGCACCUGCGGCUCCUUUGUUAGCUAAGCCAGCUCCCGCACCUGCGGUUCCCUUGUUAGCUAAACCAGCUCCUGCUCCUGCGGCUCCCUUGUUAUCUAACCUAGCUCCCACACUUGCGGCUCCCUUGUUAGCUAAACCAGCUCCCGCACCUGCGGUUCCCUUACCAGUUAAUACAGUUCCCGCACCCACGGCUCCUUUACCAGUUAACCCAUCUCCCGCACUUGCGGCUCCCUUUUCAGGUAAUCCAGCUCCCGCACCUGCAAGUCCCUUACCAGCCCCUCCACCUGCGGCUCCCUUAGCUGCACCUGCUCUUGCAGCCCCAUUACCAGCUCCCGCACCUGUGGCCCCCUUAGCAGCUGACCCAGCUCCCGCACCUGCGGCCCCCUUAGCAGCUAACCCAGCUCCCGCACCUGCGGCUCCUUUAGUAGUUCCUGUUCCAGCAGCCCCCAUAGCCGCUGCACCAGUACUUGCCUCUGGCGAUUCCUCUGGGGUAGAUGUAAGAACUACUGCUGAACUUCCAUUAGAAACUGCUAUGGACGGUAUCUUGCAGGGUCCUGUGGAGCUGUUCCCUGCAUCAAGUAUAGAGAGGACAGGCACCCUACUAGCACCUCCAUCUACCACUGAGAGCAUGGCCAGCCCACCAGCUGGUAACGACGACGACGACGACCGCGAUGUGACCCCCUCCAACCUCCUUGCUGGCGGACUCUUCGGCUAUGACCAAGACUACCAGAACCAAUUCUUACCGUAAUCCUGAGGGAGUUGGUGUGCUGGAGGACCCAGAACACGACCUUGUGGGACAUAACAUAUUUAUAACUUCCAUUGAUACUAUUGGUUGUGGACUGCGACUGUCAAUGUAUCAUUUUAAAUUAUUUUGUCAGUAUUUAAGCAGUUGUAGAGAAGGAGACGCUAAGAUGAACACUUCCUCGUGAUCUAAUGUGGCUCUUUAUGAUACUACAUAAAUGCAAAUCAGUUGAGAGAGAAAGAUGAGGUUUUUAAGAACAUGAGCCAUUAAUUUCCUUAUUACUGCACUUAGCAAAACUGUCAUAUUAGUAAUAAAUUUAAUCUUGCAAAUUUAUUCAAUAUAUUCGAUUAAAUAAAUUCGGGACAGUUUGGAUCCUUCUUAUGGAGAAUUGAAGACUGUGUAUGACGAAAAUAUUAUUGCAAUUUGUAAAAUAGGCAUUGCAUUAUGUCACAUUUAUAUAGAAGAUCCCUGUUACAAGAUGCCUGAGGCUCAGUACUAGUGACUCUCGUUAUGUUGUAUAUCGUACUGUGGAUAACUAUAGAAUAUAAAAAUAUCCCGACGACGAAAAAGAAUAAAAUAUAAAUUAUAACAUCUUGAGUACGAUGACUUAACCUUUUAAUUUUAAUGAUUUAUGAUUUUGAGUACAAUAAUCAAACACCUAAAAGUAAUGACUUAAAUCUUUCAGUUCAUUUUUGAGUACGGUGUUUGGACCCUUCGAGUACAAUAACACUCUCUGAAAUAAAAUCACUUAAUCGUUUGAGUACACUAACUUACUGUAAUCCCUUGAGUACGAUAUAUUAACCCUUUGAAUAAAACUACCCAUUCCCCUAAGUAAGAUGCCAUUUUACUCUGGGGAUUAAGUCAUCGUACUCGAGAGAUUAAGUCAUCGUGUUCAAAGAGUUAAGUCAUCGUAUAUAAGGGAUUAAUAAAGAUUUCGGAGUCUUUAUCAUACUGUAAAGAAUUAUUAUUAUUAUUAUUAUUAUUAUUAUUAUUAUUAUUAUUAGCGGGAUUUUUCACAAGAACGAUAGUUUAAAGAAUAUAUGAUACACAAAAAUCAAUUACUGCAAAAAAGAGGCUUGAAAGAAUAAUAAUCUCGAUAUUAACGCCAUUCAAAAGACUUAAGAAAAAUCACAAAAUACCAGAUAUUAUCGUGAUAAAGGAGGAAAGUAAGAUUCUUAAAAUCCCUCAAGAAAAUAGAAAAUAACAAAAGUAUCCCCAGUAAUACAAAGAUAAUUAAGCCUUUGGGAACAUGACGCAUCAGAUUAACAAGCAAAAAUAUGGCAUUGUAUUUUCUUCAUACAAUGAUCAAGAGCGCGGGAAACUGCUUGAAAUAUCAAUACUGUGUUAUAAACGAGGCAGCGCAGUGUAGGAAACCAACCAAAUUCUGUUAAAUCGUCUCGAUUAUCCAAAUACUCUGACCAAUGAGUGACCUUGGGACUGACAACUCUUCAGACAAUGCACGACAGGGAGGAUCUCACAGAGAAAUUCGAGAAAUCUUGAAAGGGAUGGAAAAAGUAAACACAAAUUAAUUUCGCUAAGAUGCGAAGCGCUACUAACACAAGAGGACGCCAAGUUGUCACGAAGAACGAAUAGGAGGAAGUACUGUUGUUUCUUCACGCCGUGGGUGAGACUUGUGCACCAGAGUAUACCAGCAGAUACAGCAGAAGCGAGAAGAGUACUGGGCUUCAAAACAUCCCUGGAGAAGACUAACAAGAACACUGGAUACUACACAGGCUAUCAGUCUUCCUUUCCAGUCAUGACCACCUCUAUCUGUGAUGGCUGUUGGGUAAAUCAGACUAUUAUAAGCUCAAGUCCCGGCGAGGAACAGCCUAACAUUCCUGGAUCACCGAGGUAAAAAUUCCGAUUAAUAAAUAGUUUAUACAACCCACAAUAUUUCUUUCAUAGGCAGACUCUUAGAAUUAAAUUUCACAAUCCAUAA